UUUUUCAUGUAGAAAGAUUAAAAAGUUGGGCCUGGCUCGAGCGGUUUGCAAUCAGUCGACCAUUCUGCCCCAAAAAAGGGUUACAUCUCGAAACUUAAUAGGGUUAGUGUAGGCUACAAUGUAAAAGCCAAGCUAGAAAAGUGCUUCCAUGGCCUUCUUCUGGUUUUCUGGGUUUUCAAAUUGAGGGGAAGAAUUGGAGAGGGGAGCGAUGCCAUGCCUCCGUCGACUGCGAAUUUCUAGAAUAUUAUUGGAGAAGGGAGCGAUGCCAUGCCUCUGUUGACUGAACGUUACAAAGUGGAGCACAUCUCGCUCAUUCGAGUUUGGCAGGAGACCACUGAAGGAUGGCAAAUUACACAAUAGCAUGACUCUUCGAGUGAUUUCUAUAAUGAAUCUUUGGGUCGAAAGGGAGAUAUUGGAGAAAAACCAAUUUAUUCGUUGCCUCAGGAUGUCGUCACACGUUAACUUACCCCAAAAUGAGAAUGAGAAGAGUUCUUCAUAUGAUUCUUCAUAUUGGGAGGGACGCUAUAUCCUACAAAAGUCAGACUCAAGCUUAUGGGAAUUCAAAAGAGUUGAAAGGAGGAAGAAGAAUCUCAAGACUUGUUAUGAUUUGAAACUCAAGAUCUUGAUGACCAAGUCUUGCGUGCCCAUAUACAAAAUGGAUACAUAUAUUUACAAAUGGCAAAGCAUGGUGUGGCUCCAUUCAGAGUAAGAUGGAAAGGU